AUGGAUUCUGAGUUGGAGAGUAGCUUAAUGGGUUGUGAUAGAAGGGUUGAGCUUUUCCUUCUUUCAUGGAGUUAUGACCUCGAAACAUCACAAGUGGAUUAUUUUCAGCGAGUUUUUCGAUCAACCAUAUCCAAGCCCAAGAAAAAUGACCCAAAUUCGAAUUCAUUUCAACUUGAAAAGAUGAUACUCCAGAACCAAUUAUAUCAAACGAUGCAUAAAAAAAACAAACUACUGUUGUUAGAGCAGAUUCUUGCAAUGGGAUCAUCAGAACUUGAGUUCUAA